AUUUUCAGGAUCUUCCCUUAAUUUGGAUCUUUAUUAAACCUAGAUCCUGUAUUUUGACAAUUGUACCGUGGGCCAUGAACGCAACAUGACACAACAGCGAAGAUGGCGUGUUGUGGAAACUGUUUUUGUUGCCAAUGUUGCUGCAGAGAAGGAGAGACCCGGACUCCCGAGGAGCUGACAAUUCUUGGGGAAAUCCGAGACGAAGAAGAUGAGAUUCUACCCAGGAAAGACUAUGAGAGCUUGGAUUAUGACCGCUGCAUCAGUGAGCCCUAUGUGGAGGUCUUGGAGGGGAUGGACAACAAGAAAGCCAAAAGGUAUGAGGCAGUGCGGUGGAUGAUGAUGUUUGCUAUCGGAGUCACCGUGGGGCUGGUCGGUCUGUUUGUCGAUUUCUUUGUGCGCCUCUUCAGCAAAAUCAAAUUCAGUCUGGUUGGUGAUUCUAUAGAGAAGUGCAGCGAUAAAGGCUGUCUGUCCCUGUCUCUGCUGGAGCUGCUGGCCUUCAACAUGACCUUCGUCUUCAUCGCCAGUGUGCUCGUCCUCAUCGAGCCGGUAGCUGCAGGUUCGGGCAUCCCAGAAAUCAAAAGUUACCUGAACGGAGUGAAGAUUCCAGGAAUCGUCCGGCUGCGAACUUUUCUCUGCAAAGCUGCCGGAGUCCUGUUCAGUGUGGCUGGAGGUCUGUUUGUGGGGAAAGAAGGUCCGAUGAUCCACAGUGGAGCCAUCGUGGGAGCCGGCCUUCCUCAGUUUCAGAGCAUCACUUUCAAGAGAAUCAAAUUUGAUUUCCCCUACUUCCGCAGUGACAGGGACAAACGAGACUUUGUGUCAGCGGGCGCUGCUGCUGGAGUCGCUGCUGCCUUCGGAGCUCCUAUAGGAGGCAUGCUCUUCAGCCUGGAGGAGGGCUCCUCCUUCUGGAACCAGGCCCUCACCUGGAAAGUGCUCUUCUGUUCAAUGUCGGCCACUUUCACCCUCAACUUCUUCCGCUCUGGGAUCAACUUCAGCAAGUGGGGCUCCUUCCAGCUGCCAGGUCUGCUCAACUUUGGAGAGUUCAAGUGUCCAGAUGGAGAUAAGAACUGCCACCUGUGGACAGCAGUGGAUCUGGCCUUCUUUGUGUUAAUGGGGGUGGUGGGAGGCCUGUUGGGGGCGCUCUUCAACUGCAUGAACAAGAGCUUGUCCAAGUAUCGCAUCAAACACAUCCACCCCAAAGCCAAGUUCAUCAGAGUUCUGGAGAGUCUGCUGGUUGCCUUGGUGACCACGGUGGUGAUCUUUGCAGCUUCCAUCCUGUUGGGUGAAUGCCGUGACCUGUCCUCUCCCACAGCCCACAACACCUCACUGUCUGACAGCGAGGACAUCAACUCAACCAUCCGUCAGUUCUUCUGCACCAACAAGACCUACAACGACAUGGCCACGCUGUUCUUCAACCCUCAGGAGGCCGCCAUCCACCAGCUGUUCCACCAGGACGGAACCUUCAGCCCGGUGACUCUGUCCGUGUUCUUCCUGCUCUACUUCCUGUUGGCGUGCUGGACGUACGGCGUGUCGGUGCCCAGCGGGCUCUUCGUCCCCUCGCUGCUCUGCGGCGCGGCGUUUGGACGUCUGGUCGCCAACAUCCUCAAAGUGAAACUGGGGAUGGACAUCUACUGUGGGACCUUCGCUCUGAUUGGAGCGGCCGGGUUCCUGGGAGGCGUGGUCAGGAUGACCAUCAGUCUGACUGUCAUCCUCAUUGAAUCCACCAAUGAAAUCACAUACGGGCUCCCCAUCAUGAUCACUCUAAUGGUUGCCAAGUGGACUGGAGAUUUCUUCAACAAGGGAAUCUAUGACAUCCACAUCGAGCUGAGAGGAGUGCCCCUGCUGGAGUGGGAGACUGAGGUUGAAAUGGACAAGCUGACAGCCAGUGACAUCAUGGAGCCCAACCUGACCUAUGUGUACCCUCACACCCGGGUCCAGUCCCUGGUCAGCAUCCUGCGCACCACCGUCUACCACGCCUUCCCCGUGGUCACCGAGAACCGGCAGAACGAACGGGACUUCAUGAAGGGCAACAUCCUGGUCAGCAACAACAUCCGCUUCAAGAAGUCCAGCGUGGUGUCCCGAGCGGGGGAGCAGCGGCGCCGCUGCCAGUCCAUGAAGUCGUACCCGUCCAGCGAGCUGAGGAACGUCUGUGACGAGCAGAACGCCGCCGUGGAGCCGGCAGAGGAGGGAGAGGACCUGCUGCAGCAGAUGUUGGAGAGGAGGCAUGCCCCCUACCCCAACCUGUACCCGGACCAGUCUCCCAGUGAGGAGUGGACCAUGGAGGAGCGCUUCAGACCGCUCACCUUCCACGGCCUCAUCCUGCGCUCCCAGCUGGUCAACCUGCUGAUCAGAGGGGUCUGCUACGCUGAGAACCAGUCGAGCGCCACUCAGCCCCGGCUGUCGUAUGGCGAGCUGACUGAAGACUACCCGCGGUACCCGGACAUCCACGAGCUGGACCUGGCGCUGCUCAACCCCCGCAUGAUCGUGGACGUGACCCCGUACAUGAACCCGUGUCCCUACUGCGUGUCCCCCAACACACACAUCUCCCAGGUGUUCAACCUGUUCAGGACCAUGGGCCUCCGACACCUGCCAGUGGUCAACGCUGUGGGAGAGAUUGUUGGAAUAAUCACAAGACAUAAUUUAACUCAUGAGUUCCUGGUGGCCAAACUGAGACAGCACUGCAUCACCAUUUAAGCUGACUGUGGACUCUGGUCCUGGUCCUGGUCCUGGUCCUGGUCCUGGUCCUGGUCCUGGUCCUGGUCCUAAGACUCUGUCUCUGUCCAUUCCUAAUAGCAUGCACAUAUCUGUGGUCCAGUAGGGAACAGUUCUCCAGCAGGUGGAGCUGUUGUGAGGACCUCAGAGCAGCAGGACUGGACACAUAAACUAGAUGAACUGUAAUAGAACCAUAUUUGACUUUAUAAUGUUGAUCUGUAGAGAAAAAGUUUUACAUGUCACAAAUAUCCCUCAAACUGCUGAUGGCUGAUCAUUCACUGACACCUGAUUCAAACAUGAGUUAUCUUAGCAGUUAUUUUAAUGACUACAAUAUUAUCAUAAGGUUCUUAAACUUUUUUUUCUUUUCCAAAAACAGUUGAUGUGCUCCACACCCACACCUCAGCUCAUUUAGGUUUUAUCAGUUGUUUAACAGUGAGGAAACUAGUUUCCUUUUUUAAAGUCAUGAGAGAAAGAUCCCCAUAGGAUCAGUCUCUCCCAACGUUCAGCUUAUUCCUUUAACUUCUGCUGUAAGUUGUGCUCUCAAAGUGGAUUUAGUGAUUCCAGGAGGCCUGGUGUUUCUGCUGGUUGGAGACAUAAAUGACAUCAGAGGUUUGUUGGCGGUCCUAGCGCUACAUAGCUAGCUAGCUAGCUAGCUGACUGCAUCCAUGCAGAGAUGCAACAGAAACACGGCUACAAAAAGAGUUUGGUGCAGCUAUACAGGUCUUAAGUUGACCUACGGCAUUUUUCUAU